AAAACUAUUUAUAUCUUGUAACUCGAAUUUUUUGAUUUUGCUUUUUAAAACAUAUUACAAAAAAUAAAAAUAUGUUUGUAAAUCGAAUAGUAAGACUUUUUAUAAGUAAGAUACAGUUUUCUACCACAAGUACACUAACAGUUAGGAAAGGUCCUAAUCCUGGUGUAAAUAAGUUUCUUAAUGAAAUGAAUGAUGUACAAGAAGAAAUUUCAGAAGAUCCUGAAUCUUUUGGAAAUUUUGAAUCUGAUUUUAUGCAUGUUCAUAAGACGCAUAAAGAACAUUCAGAAGAAAUGAAAGCAUACAAAGAAUUUAUUCGAUUAAAAAUAGUUAAAAACAAGUAUUUCAAGGAAAAAUAUCCGAAUUUCUUGACUUUUGCUGAAAAGGAACAAAUAAGGUUAUUACACGAACGGGAACCCGAUGUAUGGAAUAUUGAGAAGUUAUGUGAAAGUUUUCCUGCAAGCGAUGAAACUAUAAUUAAAAUUUUGAAAGGUCGUUGGUAUCCAAGGAGUGAAAAACGUUUAAAAACACAUGAUGAAAAAGUAAUGACUAAUUGGGAGAAGUUUCGUAAAGGAGAAUUUCCCGAUUUACCACCUGAAUUAACAGACCAUUUAAAAAAAUUCGUUGAACGUAAACCUAGUGACUUAAAAAAUAUAGAAACUAAAUGGUUGCCAAAACGUCCAGUUAUCCCGAAACCAAAAACCGAUGAAUUUUUGAGUAUAUUAACAAGCUGCAAAGGAUAUAAAGAAAAGAACUUGAUAGAAGAAAAUGGAAAUAAAAAAAAAAUAGAGGCGGGCAAAACAGAUUUACUUUCUGUAAAUAAUUUUGAAGCUGCCCAAAAUCACGGUGACGAUGAAACAUUUGUUUUUGGAAACAUAGAAAAUAAGAAGCCAAUUACUUUAAGUUUUUUAAAAAGUAAAAUUGGAUUGUCUGAAAAAGAAGAAAGUUUACCUGUCAAGUUAGGGGAAAAAAUUGAAGAAAAAAAAAUUCUAGACGACGCAACAAAAGUCAAUCCUUUUUCAUCAUCAAAAAACAAACUUGAUUUUUCUGAGAUAACAAUCUCCAAUAGUGACAUCCAAAAAUAUAAAGUAGAUCCCAUUAAAGAAAGAAUACACAUACCGAACAAAUUGUGGAAGAGAGGCGCAACUUAUAAAGUGAAAGACUGUUAUUAUGAUUACGAUGGAACGUUUUUAUACAGGGUUCCUGGAAUGACAGGAGAUAUAAAAAAAGAGGACAGUUGAUAAAGGAUUUAGAUAUAAGGAAUAUCCCGUUAAUUGAUAAGCUUUAAUAAAUGUAAUACGCAUGAACGUA